ACCCCGUGGAACCUGGCUCGGAAUGUUGAGAGUUCCCGAGUUCCGAAGUGAACUUCUCGGCGGGUCGGGCGGCGCACGUGGGGACGGAGCGGCUCUGCAGGCAUGGUGUCCCCCCGGGCUUACUCGAGCAGGCUGGGCUCGGCGCUGCCCUUGCUUCUGGUCCUGUGGGACCUGCACUACCAGGGAGCUGAAUGUGGGAUAAACGCAGAAGUCGAGAAACAACUUGAAAUGGGAAAGAAGUUGUUGGCAGCUGGGCAGCUGGCAGAUGCUUUGUCUCACUUCCAUGCUGCCAUAGAAGGGGACCGUGAUAACUACCUUGCCUAUUACAGAAGAGCCACAGUAUAUUUAGCCAUGGGCAAAUCUAAAGCUGCCAUUCGUGACUUAAGCAAGGUGGUUGAAUUAAAGCAGGAUUUCACAUCGGCAAGGCUGCAAAGAGGACACCUGCUACUGAAGCAGGGAAAGUUUGAUGAGGCAGAAGAGGACUUUAAGAGAGUGCUUCAGUCCAAUCCUAGUGAUAAGGAAGACACAGAAGCUCGCACCCAGCUGAUGAAGUCUGAUGAGAUGCAGCGCCUACAUUCCGAAGCGCAGUCAGCAUAUCUCACAGGGGAUUAUUACACCGUUAUCGGUCUCUUGGAUGAAAUUCUGAAUGUUUGUGUUUGGGCUGCAGAGAUGCGGGAGCUUCGAGCUGAAUGUUACAUCAAGGAAGGAGAGCCUGGGAAGGCCCUUAGUGAUUUAAAAGCUGCUGCCAAAUUGAAGAGCGAUAACACUGAAGCAUUUUAUAAGAUCAGCACUAUAUACUAUCAGCUGGGAGACCACGAAAUGUCUUUGAGUGAAGUGCGUGAAUGCCUGAAACUUGACCAAGACCAUAAGGAGUGCUUUUCUCAUUACAAGAAAGUAAAGAAACUCAAUAAGCAGAUUUUAUCGACAGAAGAACUCAUCCAAGACGGCAGGUACCAAGAUGCCAUUGAUAAAUAUCAGACUGUGAUGAAAACCGAGUCCGAAGUUCCUGUUUACACCACUCGAGCCAAAGAGAGAAUCUGCCACUGCUUCUCAAAGAGCCAACAGUCGGUCGACGCCAUCAAGCUCUGCACAGAAGUUUUGCAGCUGGAACCAGAUAAUGUAAAUGCUCUCAAAGACAGGGCUGAAGCGUAUUUGCUGGAAGAGCAAUACGAGGAAGCUAUUCAAGACUAUGAAACUGCUAAGGAGCACAGUGACAGUGACCAGCAAAUUUUGGAAGGCUUAGAGAAAGCCCAGCGGCUACUCAAGCAAUCUCAGAAGAGAGAUUACUACAAAAUUUUAGGAGUAAAAAGGAAUGCGAGAAAACAAGAAAUCGUCAAAGCAUACCGAAAGCUAGCAAUGCAGUGGCACCCAGAUAAUUUCCAGGACGAGGAAGAGAAGAAGAAAGCAGAGAAGAAGUUUAUUGAUAUUGCAGCUGCCAAAGAAGUCCUCACUGAUCCAGAGAUGCGGAGCAAGUUUGAUGCAGGGGAAGACCCGCUGGACGCAGAAAGCCAGCAAGGCGGAGGAAACCACUUCCACAGAGGCUGGAAUACGUGGCAAGGGUUUGACCCAUUCAGUUCCGGAGGACCUUUUAAAUUUAAAUUCCACUUCAAUUAGAAACAACCUCACCACCUUCCUUUUUUGUUUCUAGGACUCUCUUUAUUUUUAUUUCUAGACAAUUUCAAUUAGGAGUUUCGGUCUUUAAAUAAAUGCCAGCUUUUCAGUGAUAGGCUAAAGAGUAAGCAAGUCCACAAUGGAGAGGGAAACAACAGUUAUGUUAGUACUGCUUAUUUUUGUACUUUUUGGUGUUAGAUCUCUGAUCUCUAAAGAGGUGGAAGGCUGCAGAAGUCUUUGGACCCCUUAUUCUGAAGUGGGUAGAGACCUUCCACUCAAGUGUUAGAGAAGCAAUUGUUUCCCCAAAGCACUUUAAUUUUUCUUCUUUUUACUAAACUCUUCAUGACCUUUGGAACGCAAUGGGAUACUUUAUGCUUACUCAUCGCUACAGUGAGAAAAGCAAUCUAGUUUUCAUUUCUGUUAAGAGGAAAAGUUUGUUUUCUUGGGAGACAUUGGAGGAGCUUCUCCAUCACUUCUGCAUGCUGGUGGCACCUCUGAGGCACUCUGUAAACACGGCUCAGGUUAUGACAAAGCCUGCUGCUUCAAAGCAGGAUAUGGAUUGGCCUGAGUGUAGAUGGUAUAACUGUCCCCAUACUACUUUUUAGGAGGGUUUUAUGCAACAUGCAAGUCCUCUAAAAAGCCACUCUAGUGCUUAAGAUAAUUCCCCACAGAAGCAUCACUAGGACUCUUUACUUAUCCAAUAUAGGACUGCAGCUGGCUUGUGGGCUUUUUCUAACUUAUUUUUACAAGGGCAAUUUUCUCGUUUGGAUUAAAACCUCUUUUCUUUUUAUGGUUGCUUCAGAAAGAUACUUAAAUAGAAUGAUAUUCUUAAUUGGUGUUAAUUAAAUAGAUCCAUUUUGAGCUUUUCACUCAACAUAUGCUUGACAUUUGAGCAGAACGACUGAGACAUUGCCCCAAAUGUGCAGAACUAGUUCUGAUCUUUAAGAUUUUCUUUCUUAAAAGGGAAAGAGAUGUGUAGUGUAAGGAAACUGUCAAGAUGACAGUGUUGGGAUGAGGAUAUCAACAAUGUUUUACAAUUUGAUGAAAAUGUGACUCCUCCAAAUGGCAGUUUUUAGUGCUUCAUUGCCUUACCGAAUGCAUAUAACCAAGAAGCAUUUGGGGUACAAAGGUUAUAUAGGAAGAAAGCACUGUUUCACUCUGUUAAACCACUGAGCUACUUGAUGUCAUAGGAAACCAAAGCUGACUUCCAUUUUAGCUUUGCUGCAGGAACUGGGACACUUCUGAUAGCCUUAAAUUUAGCAUUACUCUGGUACUUGUGAAAUGCAUUCAAAACAGAAUUUAGAGUCCUUUCAUAAUGAGAUGAUGGACCUGCAAAAGUAGCUUUCAGAAAAAUCUAGCCGCUCUCCAGAAGGUAAUUUUUGAGCAUUAAGAAAUGACUUUAGUGCAUUUUGGGCUCAGAGCAGCUAGUUAAAUAUUUCACCACCUUCUCACUCCAGCUCUCGAGUCAAAAGUUCAAGAGUAACUCUGCUAAUGUAGCCUACAGUACUACUGUCAUUCAAUAAUCCACAAACCUCCUAAACAGUUCUUGUAAGGGAGAGCUAUGCGUGGAGUAAGUUCUGCAUAUAUUUUCUUUUGCUAGAUUUGCUGUUACCAAGCCAUGUCAAUUGUGGAGUACAAUUAUGUCCAGUUCGGGUCUACCGCAUUCUCCCUCGCACAUCCCAAAACAGCAGAGAAGUAUUGAAUGUUUGAAGUGCUCCUAUGGCUUCUUAAUUUAUAACGUCUUCUGGCAUAGGAUGGAUUUUUGGAAUUGUUUCUGUGAGCACAUAUAUCUGAACUGCACAUCAGACCUUGCUCUCGGUAAUCUUCCUAAGUAAUGUAACCAGUGCCAACCUAAUGCUUUUCCUGCAUCCAAUGGAAGUAUGUCAAAAGUGUGGCCAAAGGCAGCUGUUAUGCAUUCAUGCUGAAGAGUAAUUUAAAUAAUUCCUUUUUAGGCCUAUUGUUUGAAAUGGGGGAGGGUUCCUGAGAGGCCCUUGCUUCUAUUUGUGUGUAUUUCAGUUGUUUUGGGCUAUCCUUGGGUUUUUUGAGAGCUACUAGCAUUGCUCUUGGGUGAAGUGCAAUUAGGGCCUGCAAAUUAGAUUGAACAAGAGUACCCCAGUGCAGGAUUUAUAGUGAAAAAAGACCAGCCAGUAUCAGUUAAUAUAUAUACCAUUGCAGUGUGGGUGCACUUUGGAAAUGUCUUGGAAUAAAGCUCUAUUUUUUUAAAAAACAUUAUGAAAGCCAAGAAGGUAUUUUGAAGAUAAAGAUGCAAACUAUUCAAGACAAGAUUUUGAUUAAAGCUGUGUCUAAGUUA